AUGAACAUCUUCCUCUCACUCCUCCUGCUCCUUACCCUUCCCUUCACACUUUCCGCCCCCGCCCCCGCCCCCGGCGUUCGCCCCGACGUCGUCGUCGCCCCCAAAUUCAUGACCCUCGCCAACACCUACAAAAAGCAACUCUACACCGCCCCCGGCCAAAGCAUCCUCUUCUACGGCCGCCCGCCACAGCCCAAGACCGGCACGCUGCAGAUGAAAGACUUCAUCAUGCAGACGUACGUCAAAAAGUCGCCCGGCACCUCGCUCGACUACCUCAUAGAGCACAACAAGCUCUGGGACAAGAUCAACGAGUCCGACCCCUCGGAGCGCCUGCAGUGGGGCUCGGCCAUGAGCCACAUCUACACAAACCAGGCUUCGGGCGUGGUGCGCGUGCUCGUCGGCGCGAACCCGGGUACGAUCGAGUGGUACAAGAGUUCGGUGUUUUACCAGUUUGAGUUGCCUGAACUUACGAAGGCGGGAACGAAGGUGACGCAGAUUGUGAUGGUGAAUGCGGCCAAGUUGGAGGCGACAAAGGUGUUUUGGACGCCGGGCAAGGGGCACUGGGGGAAGGGGGGGAAGAAUGCGGAUAAGACGCCGUUUGACCAGUUUGUGGCGCCGGGGGGUGCGAGUAGUGCGGGUGCGGGUGCGGCAGCGUGUAAAAGAGCUCUGGGGCAGGCGUGCAAGACGGCGGGGAGUGCGAAGGCGAAGAUGGGAGGAGGCGCGGUGGCUAAGAAGAAGACUGCUGCUCCCGCGCUGAAGAAGGGACGUGGGAAGGUGUAG